AGGCGGGGAGAGAGGCAGGGCGGGAGGGAGCGCGGCGGCGGCAGAUGCUGCGGCGGCGGCUGUGUCUCCUUCGGCCACAUCCCGCGGCCGGUGCGCCCGCCAGGCGCGCUGCGCUACGGCGGCGCCGCGCAGCCUGCCCCAGCCGCCGCCGCCGCAGCGGCCCCGCACCUCGCCCGAGCGGCGGGGCGGUGGAUGCCGAGCCCGCCUCGCCCCGGCAGCCAGCGGGGAGCUGUCCUGCGGCGGAGCCCCUCGGACCCGGAUCAGCGCGCUCGCACGGGCACAGGGACACAAGGGCGCACACGCACGCUCGGGGGGGGGCAAGCCAAAGAUGAUGCAGCUGGGCAAGGUCAGGACCUUGCGGUGAAGCCCGGGGCCGUCGCUCGCCCCCCCCCAACUCCGCCCGCCAGCUUCAUUCUUGCCUAGCGGACUGAGGAUUUGUUAUUGGGUUUUGGUAUAUGUUUGGGAGAAAUUAGGCUGAAUCGGCGCCGAUCGAAACUAUGCCUGUUCCAGACCAGCCCUCCUCUUCUGACAAGACAAGUUCCCUUAGUCCUGUGUUGAACACAUCCAAUGGUGAUGGCUCUGAAACUGAGACAACCUCUGCCAUUCUAGCUUCAGUUAAAGAACAGGAACUGCAGUUUGAGAGACUGACUCGAGAACUUGAGGCUGAACGUCAGAUUGUAGCAAGCCAGCUGGAGAGAUGUAAGCUUGGAUCAGAAACUGGAAGCAUGAGCAGCAUCAGUUCAACAGAAGAGCAGUUUCACUGGCAAACACAAGAUGGUCAGAAGGAUAUAGAAGAUGAGCUCACCACUGGUCUGGAACUGGUGGACUCCUGCAUUAGAUCACUGCAGGAAUCAGGGAUACUCGAUCCACAGGAUUAUUCAGCUAGUGAAAGGCCCAGCCUCCUCUCCCAGAGUACGCUCCAGCUCAACUCCAAACCUGAAGGGUCCUUCCAGUACUCGUCCAGCUACCACAGCAACCAGACCCUCGCCCUGGGCGAAACAGUGGCCACCCAGCUCCCGGCCCGCAGCAGUCAGGCCAGAGGUGCCAUCCAGAGCUACAGCCAGCAGGGCCCGGGGAGCCGCGGCGCCCACCCGGGCGGCCCGGAGCCGCCGCCGCCGCCCGCCGCCCCGCAGCCGCGGGAGCCCUUCGCGCCCAGCCACGGCAGCGCCUUCCACCUGCCCGAGCCCCAGCACGCCGCCGCGCUCUACUACGCCAGCUCCACGCUGCCGGCGCAGCGGGUGAGCUCCCCGCUGCCCGCCCAGCCCGGCGGCUCCCCCACCAAGCUGCCGCGGGCCGGCUCCGCCGCCGAGGGCGCCGCCUACGCCACCGCGCAGCGCCUCUCCUCCCCGAAGCAGUCCCCCAGCCGCCUGGCCAAGUCCUACAGCACCAGCUCGCCCAUCAACAUCGUCGUCUCCUCGGCGGGACUGUCGCCGUCCCCUAUCAGAGUGACCUCCCCGCCCACCGUCCAGUCUAACAUUUCCUCCUCUCCUAUCCACCAGUUAAGCUCCACCAUCGGCACUUACGCCACCCUGUCGCCUACCAAGCGGCUGGUUCACGCUGCCGAUCAGUACAGCAAGCACUCCCAGGAGCUGUACGCCACCGCCACCCUGCAGAGACCCGGCUCCCUCGCAGCUGGGUCUCGGGCAUCUUACAGCAGCCAGCACAGUCACCUUGGCUCCGAGUUAAGGGCACUGCAGUCUCCAGAACACCAUAUAGAUCCUAUUUACGAAGACAGAGUUUAUCAGAAGCCCCCUAUGAGGAGUCUCAGCCAGAGUCAGGGGGACCCUCUGCAACCAGCACACACAGGCACAUAUCGCACUAGUACAGACCUGGUUAACCAUUUCUGUGAACAGGUCCUCAAUUUUUUACUUUGUCCCUACUUUCCUGUCGUAGCCCCAUCUUCCCCUGGUGUCGACUCCGUACCCUUACAGCGCACAGGCAGUCAACACGGCACACAGAACGCAACAGCGACCUUCCAGAGGGCCAGCUAUGCGGCCGGCCCAGCCUCCAAUUACGCAGACCCCUACCGACAGCUGCAGUAUUGUCCUUCUGUUGAAUCACCAUACAGCAAAUCUGGGCCAGCCAUCCCACCUGAAGGGACCUUGGCUAGGUCACCUUCCAUUGAUAGCAUUCAGAAAGAUCCCAGAGAGUUCGGAUGGCGAGAUCCAGAGCUUCCAGAAGUUAUACAGAUGUUGCAGCAUCAGUUUCCCUCAGUACAGUCUAAUGCUGCAGCCUACUUACAACACCUCUGUUUUGGAGACAAUAAAAUAAAAGCAGAGAUAAGAAGACAAGGCGGAAUACAGUUACUGGUGGACCUAUUGGACCAUCGGAUGACAGAAGUCCACCGUAGUGCCUGUGGAGCUUUGAGAAACUUGGUAUAUGGGAAGGCAAAUGAUGACAACAAAAUUGCUCUGAAAAACUGUGGUGGGAUCCCAGCAUUAGUACGGUUACUCCGCAAGACUACAGAUUUGGAAAUCAGAGAACUGGUCACAGGAGUUCUCUGGAAUCUGUCCUCCUGUGAUGCACUGAAAAUGCCAAUCAUCCAGGAUGCCCUCGCAGUGUUGACCAAUGCAGUGAUCAUCCCUCACUCUGGAUGGGAAAACUCUCCGCUACAGGAUGAUCAUAAAAUACAACUCCAUUCAUCACAGGUGCUGCGCAAUGCCACUGGGUGCCUAAGGAAUGUCAGCUCUGCUGGAGAGGAGGCCCGCAGAAGAAUGAGGGAGUGUGAUGGCCUGACGGACGCAUUGCUGUACGUGAUCCAGUCUGCUCUGGGGAGCAGUGAAAUUGAUAGUAAGACCGUUGAAAACUGUGUGUGCAUUUUGAGGAACCUCUCAUACAGGCUAGCUGCAGAAACAUCUCAGGGACAGCAGAUGGGAACAGAUGAACUUGAUGGAUUACUCUGUGGUGAUGCCAAUGGAAAAGAUACAGAGAGUUCAGGGUGCUGGGGGAAGAAGAAGAAGAAAAAGAAAUCACAAGAUCAGUGGGAUGGAGUAGGACCUCUCCCAGACUGUGCAGAACCACCCAAAGGAAUCCAGAUGCUGUGGCACCCUUCAAUAGUCAAACCCUACCUCACACUUCUUUCUGAGUGCUCAAAUCCAGACACGCUGGAGGGGGCAGCAGGGGCACUGCAGAACUUGGCUGCUGGGAGUUGGAAGUGGUCAGUGUAUAUCCGCGCUGCUGUCCGCAAAGAAAAAGGAUUGCCAAUCCUGGUGGAACUGCUUCGAAUAGACAAUGACCGGGUGGUAUGUGCAGUUGCUACAGCUUUACGAAACAUGGCCUUAGAUGUCAGAAAUAAGGAGUUAAUAGGCAAAUAUGCCAUGAGGGAUCUGGUCCACCGACUGCCAGGCGCUAACAACAGCAACAGCUCAGCAAGCAAGGCCAUGUCUGAUGACACCGUUACUGCCAUUUGCUGCACUCUGCAUGAAGUCAUCACUAAAAACAUGGAGAAUGCCAAGGCCUUACGAGACGCAGGCGGCAUUGAGAAACUGGUUGGCAUAUCUAAGAGUAAAGGAGACAAGCAUUCGCCAAAAGUGGUGAAAGCAGCAUCUCAGGUCCUCAAUAGUAUGUGGCAGUACAGAGACCUGAGAAGUCUCUACAAGAAGUGGGCGGCCCCAAGCUUCAGUGUGACUGAUGACAGAGGAUUUUCACCAACCCACCGCUCUGGGGCAUGGCACGCUCAGCAUUCCCUCUCCCAGAGCCAAGAAACCAGAAUCCAUUCCCCAACCCAGGAUGGAUGGUCGCAGUAUCACUUUGUAGCCUCAUCUUCAACGAUAGAAAGGGAUCGGCAAAGACCAUACUCUUCAUCACGCACGCCCUCCAUCUCUCCUGUGCGCAUGUCUCCUAACAACCGCUCAGCAAGUGCCCCAGCCUCACCUCGGGAAAUGAUCAGCCUAAAAGAAAGAAAAACAGACUAUGAAUCAACUGGAACAAACGCCACUUACCAUGGAAAUAAGGGAGAACACACUUCCAGGAAAGACACCAUGACAGCAAGGGUCAACUGCUCGCUGAAGCACAGCAGAGUGGGAAUGGAGUUCCCAGGGAUGCCGCCUGCGUGUCCAGAAGCAGCUCAAAACACUGGAAUCUCAACUUUGUACAGGAAUUCGUAUGGUGCACCUGCUGAAGAUAUCAAACAUAACCAGGUUUCUACACAGCCAGUUCCACAGGAGCCCAGCAGAAAAGAUUAUGAACCAUAUCAGCCGUUUCAGAAUUCAACAAGAAACUAUGAUGAGUCCUUCUUUGAGGACCAAGUGCAUCAUCGUCCACCUGCAAGUGAAUACAACAUGCACCUGGGACUAAAGUCAACUGGCAACUACGUCGACUUCUAUUCAGCUGCUCGUCCCUAUAGUGAACUUAACUAUGAAACAAGCCACUAUCCAGCCUCUCCCGACUCCUGGGUUUGAGACUUGGGCAGAUACAAAAGCUCCAGGAACUGUGCAUGUGCAUGCAUACCACAAGACAUUUUUUUUUCCUGCAAAUUUAGUUUGUUAAAGUCUGUUCCAUAGGAAGGCCCAGAUAACCUGUACGGAAAAAAAUUAAGAGUUUUUUUAGAAGGCUGAAAGAUACAAGAGCUAAAACUGGGAGUAAUUAGAAAGAAAUAUAUAUAUAUAUAUAUAUUUUACAGUGUGGGUCAACUCUACUGUUGGCCUGUAGAGUCUAAAGUUCAGUGCUGUAUACUGAAUGUGGCUGAAGGAAGGAGGGAAGACAUGACAGUGGAUGUGGGUCAGGAGUUAAGCACAAGUAACUGAGCAGCGUACAUACUUUAUGGGGAACAGCUUCUCACACUUUGUUUAAUAACCUCAUUCAUUGUGAAUCUAGGCUUCAAGUUGCAUUUGGGGUUUCCUCUGUACAGCAAGAUGUUUCUUGCCUUUUGUUAAUGCAUUGUUGUAAAGUAUUUGAUGUACAUUACAGAUAAAAAAACAACAAAAAAAAAAACAGUGCAUUGUGUAUAUUACACCAAUGCCACAGUGUUUCUUCAUCUAUGGUUCUAAAUAUUGCUUCAAUUUCAAAUUUUGGAAGAUGUAUGAAUUUCCAGUUUUUUGUUUUCUUUUCCCCAGUGCGUUUUAACAAAAAAAAAAAAAAAAUCAAAAAACAAAAAGGAAUAUUUAGCAGUAUUGUUCGUUCUGAUAUGUGAAUUUGUUUGUGGCAACUAAAAAAAAAAGGCAUUCAGCAGUUUCUGACAAUUAACAUUCAUCAUUCCACACUCCUUGUCAACAAAGUGCUUUUUCACUGCCUAAAAUUUUAGAUGUAGAUAUUUGAAAUAGAUUUUUUUCAUUUAUACCAGUUUUCUUUAUGAUGAUACAGUGUUAAAAGAAAAUAAAUUACAAUUGAUCUGUCAUCCAUAUUUGCUAAGAAUGUCUAUUUCCAAUAACCUACCAUACAAAUACACAUUCUUACUUCUGUGUGUCCACGUAUGCAUAGUAUUCUGUGUGGGUGUGUGUAUGUGUUUGAAUGUGUGUGUUUGUGUGGCAUAAGACUUCUUUUCAUCCAAUGUUUUCCUUGUUCAAGCUUCAAUUUUUUUUUUUUAUUUCAUUUUUUUAAACAGUGGAAACUCCAGUAUGUGCUUUCUCUUACUCACUUUCUUAUCCAUUGGUAGCAAUUCAAAAUUGUUAGGCCACAUACUCACAAAGGAAGGGGUUAUCGGAUUUUAUUCACUGACUCCUUCACUUUUAGGUGCCAUUUCCUUUAAAAUAGCAUUUCUUGAUCUUCUCUUGAGAAAAUUUCGUUAAUCUCCAGCCACCAACUAUCAAGUGCUCAAGAAAGGCAGAGUUUGAUCUUGCCAUCUCCCUGAGGAAAUGGAAAACAAAGACCCAACAGGCUUAAGUCUGGAGACUCUGAACUCUUCAGGCUACAGAGGGUCCAACUCCUAAAUCAUUAGGACAAUCAUUUAUUUUAACCCAUACCAAAAAGAAAAUCUGAUAAGCAAAACACAUUCCUCAACUAGGAAAGAUAACGACCAUUCUUUUGCAUUUAAAGUAAAACCCUGAAAAAUCAAAAAUGCAAGGGACAGAGAUUAUUUUUAAUACAAGCCAGAAAAGGAAGCUAGGCUAGGAGGCCAGAAGAGCUGGCGUGUUCAUCUUUGCUCUUGGAAUUUUGGAAGUAAAAAAAAGAAUCUAGCAUUUCUUCAUUUCAGGCAACCAUUCACAGUUUUCACAGCAUAAUACCCACCACAAAUGGAGUAGCUGUAAAUUGCUCAAAUUACAAUUAAGGAAUUUGUUUUAGGUUGCAAACGUUUCUGUGAUUAGUCAUUGUAAUAGUCUUAACAUCACCUGGCACACCUCUGGCUGUGUGCACGGGGAGAAGUCUCUCGCAAAUCAUCGCCUGCUCUAUAGGACGCAGCCCAAGUAGUUCAUGCAGGCAGGUAUUGUGACGUAGAAUUGGUUUAUCGGUAAUCUAGGACUAGAGUUUAAUCUUUUUUGGCAGCUUUUCCCAGUGUACGAUAUGUAACCUUAUCUGCUCUUUGUAGUAAACAGGGAAAAAAAAUCGCAUGCAAAAAAAUUUUUAAAAAAUUUAAGAAAGGGUGGGUGGGAGGGGCACAGUGGGCCAGAUGUAUAGUGAGGUAGAGAAAAAUACUAUUCAUAGUUUUGGACACAGGUUGUUUGUAUUUUAUUUAUUACAUUGAUUUUAAUAAGUGACAUUUGCAGUGCUAUUUUGAACGAAGCACAUUUUCAGUAUAAAAACUUCUUUUUUUUUUUUUUUUUUAAUAAAGAAUGUCACUUGCAACUUGAAGUUCUUGGCUGCCUGAAAACCACCAGGCUGGCGCAGUUCUCCAAGCGCAGGAUUGCCAACAGGCCAAAGGGAUCCGUCAUUCUGUUUGAAGUUCUUAGGACAAGAGGUUAUUCUAAGUUGGAUUUAUUUCCCUUCUUAAAACUACUGAAUUGCCCACAUUGCCCCCCUUCAGCUCCUCUUAGGAAUUACUUGGCGUUGACCAUUGCUCAAGUGAGAGAUUCUGGAUCGAUGAAGUAGCAUAAAAUACCUUUUGUCUGUAGUUUGUGUUGUUUGGUUUCCAUCCUGUAGUGGCAAGUGCUCCAACUGAAAACAUUCACUCUUGCUGUACUGAGUUUUAAGGAGGUGUUGGAUUACCUGGCUUCUUUUCCAGGCUUGGAAAUCCAACACUGCUGCCAUACUGCACAAGAUAUAUAUAAUGCAUUCUUUUUAAUAUUGAGGAAAGUUCAUUACCUAUUGCUGUUCCCUUCAUUCUUGUACUAGAUCACACACAGAAAGAGAAGAAGCAAACCUGUUAAAAAAAAAAUGUAUAAAAUGCAAUUGAUGUACUGUAAAAUGUCGGAUUUUUUUUCUUUAACAAGCUUCAUAUUAGAAUCUUGUUCAGCUGUGUAGAGCUAUAUAAGUCUCACUGUUUUAUUAAAUGCUGUUUAUGGUCUGGAAGGAAUGGUUAACCUAUCUCAAGAUUAACAAAUUUGCACUAAUAUGAGCAAUAUUGAUUUGAAAAACAAUAAUGAGUUCAAUAUUUAAAAUAUAAACUAUGACUUAAAGGUAUAUUAACACGGAAAGUACAUUUUGACAAAUAACAGAUUUAAGCCCAAAAUACAAAUGGUUGUGUCAGAUAACACGAAAGAACUAUAACAAUAUAGAUUGAGAAAAAAAAAAAUGUGUUUCACUGUACAUGUUGAUAACAUGUACAAAGACAAACUCAUAUUGACAUAUUUUCUAUUAAUAAAUCCUACUGUAUUGUGGAGAA